AUGGAAAGAAACUAUAGUGACCCUGAAACCGAAGGAGAGAUUUUUAAUUCCUUAGUGCAAUAUUUUGGUGAUAAUUUGGGGCAAAAAGUUAAAGCGAUGCCAUUAGUUGAAGAAACUUCUUUACUUGAAGAUUCAUCAGUGACUUUGCCUGUGGUGAUAAUAGGAAAUGGACCCUCAGGAAUAUGCCUUUCUUAUAUGUUAUCAGGCUACAGACCAUAUUUAUCAUCAGAAGCAAUACACCCAAAUACAAUCUUACAUAGUAAAUUAGAUGAAGCAAGACAUCUUUCCAUUGUUGAUCAGGACUUAGAAUACUUGUCUGAGGGCCUUGAGGGCCGAUCAUCCAAUCCAGUUGCAGUACUUUUUGACACACUUCUUCAUCCAGAUGCUGACUUUGGGUAUGAUUAUCCAUCCGUUUUGCAUUGGAAACUAGAACAACAUCAUUAUAUCCCACACUUAGUUCUUGGUAAAGGUCCACCUGGUGGGGCUUGGCAUAAUAUGGAAGGCUCCAUGUUGACAAUCAGCUUUGGAAAUUGGAUGGAGCUACCUGGACUUAAAUUUAAGGAUUGGAUGUCUAGCAAACGAAGGUAA